ACGUUUGAAAGUGAUCCUGCUGAGCAAGGCCUCAGAGGUUUUAACUCGGUUAAAAAGCAGUUCAGCUCGUCCAUCUACAAACAAAGAAAGUGCUUUGAUACUGGAUAUCCCAAAACCCAAAUCAAGAAAGAGAAAAUACAGCAGAACGGUGAUAGAAAAUUAUGCAAAGAGCAGCAAUCAACACUGGAGUCAAAAUCCAGAAAAUUUCAAAAACCAUCACGUUUUACAAAAAUGAACAUAAAAUAAUAUCAGCAUCUUCUGAUCUGCCGAAGCCCCUUCUUUUGCUUCUGCCCUGGUUGGGCUCUCAGUCUAAAUCUGUGGAAAAGUAUCGUGAAAUUUAUUUCAAGCAUGGCUAUGAUAUUCUUACUGUGGAGAGUGAAGUCCGCCACUUCCUUUGGCCUAAGUGGGGCUUGGAGUAUGGUGCCCAAGUCCUGGGUGUGCUUCAGAGUGAAAGCUUUGUAUCCCGUCCCCUUUUAAUCCAUGCAUUUUCUAUAGGAGGAUACACUUUUGCACAGAUGCUGCUAAAUGCUUCCCAGACCCCCGAGCUGCAGGAAAGUUUAAAGGAAAGGAUCUACGGUCAGAUUUAUGAUAGCCUUGUAGUAGGCACACUAGAGCAUAUGGCAGCAGGGAUUGCAAAAGUUUUGUUUCCCAAAGUUGGAGGAUUAGUUGAGAAGACCACAAUGCUGUAUUUUAACCUUCUAAAAGGUUAUACUGUGGAUUAUUACAACAAUGCAGUAGAUAUGUUCUAUGAUACACCUGUUACAUCACCUGCCCUCUUCUUCUACUGUGAGAAUGACCCACUGAGUGACCACAAGGCGGUUGAGAAGCUGAUGCAAUUGUGGCUCGAAAAGCAGAAGAUCACUGUAGUAGGGAAAUGCUGGAAAAACUCUGUACAUGCAGGACAUCUGCGCCGGCAUCCCAAGGAAUACCUUGAUACUCUUCAUAGCUUUCUUCUCACUCAUGGAAAGAUGCUACCAAAAGCCAAGCUAUGAAAGAAAUAUUCUAGGUGCCUAAUUAUGUUAUAGUAACAAAAGGUUAAGAAAUACUAGUUUUUAUUAAUAUUUUUUUAAUUUUAAUGUUAUUACAUGGAUAUUAUAUAUUCAGUGUUUUCUAAAAAUAUUACAUUUUUCUGAAAGCCACAUCUGAUUCAAUUCUAGAAAAUUAAGUUUUAUACUACAUUUAAACUUAGGAGAAGCUGUGAAAGACAUAAAAAGAGUUAAAAUUUUUACAUUUAAAAUAGAUAUAUAGUAAGUGUGAUGGUUAGUUUAAGAGAAUCCUAUUAAUACUUUCACACUGGUCACGUGUCAUAUCUGACUUGAUUAGUUUGGUUUAUUUUUAUACUGAGAAAUGCAAAUUGUUUGGUGAAACAGGUUUUCUGUGCUGGCGUUAGAGCAUAUCGACAAGCUGAAAAAUGUAGAGACCAUGAAAAUACAAGGUGUGCACUUCUGUAGGAACCCUGUUUUUAUUUUUUUCAUAAGUAUUACUGAGCAUAAACUGAUAAGAUGUUAUCCAUAUCCUACAUCAUAGUAGUCAGAUGUAAAUUAAUGCAUGGAACACAAAAUGUAAACUGCACGCUGCUUUAAUUGCUGUUUGUAUGCUGUUGCAGUGCCCCCAUGCAUUAUUAGUUUCUUGGCAUAUGUAAAUGGUUAUGUUUUUUUUUUUUCUUUGUUAGUGAUAUAUUAGCAGGUGAGUAUACUUGAGCUAAAAUGGAAUUACUACCUUUGAUGAAUAAAAAGCCUUGAGCGUUCACGGGUUUUUUUUUUUUUUUGGAAGACAACGCAAAUCUGAGAACACAAUAAUGGAUUCUAGAGAUCAACUCAUUUUUUAUAGCAGGUAGCUGUUUAUUUUGUACAUACUGUUAAUUCCACAGCAUUGCCACCUUUGACCCAGAGAAUGAGUACUAUUCUGUGAAGAUAUUUUGCUGGCUAUAAAACCACCUUGUGCUAGUUAUGGUAGUCCAAAAUAAACUAAUAUACAAAGUGCUACUUCUAAUCAGGAUGUAGUGAUUUAUGAUCUCUUUUAAUAAAGGCACAGAAAAAAACAAAGGAAACUUAGUAGCCACCCAUCUUUGUUCUGGAAUGAGCAAGUUUAGAAGUGCAUAUACAGCACCUUGAGAUUCCUCGCACUUUGGAGUAACAGAAACAUAAUAAAUCUUUUGUCUUGAGUAGGAUUUAACACAGAAACCAAUACUAGGCUAGAGAGAGAAUGUACAGUAUAUUGUGCACGGAAUACUAAAUACUGUAUGUGAUAUUAUACAAACAUAUUUUUUUAUAACUGCAAUUUGAAAUACCAAAAUGUUUGUCAUGGAUAAUAAAGAGAUAGAAGACAUUGUGUAUUAGCAUGUUUGAAGAAGAGGUUAGAAAUAACUAUGUAAUAAACUCCACCAGAUAUUCAUCAAAGGGUAGCCAUAAUUGAAAAAUCAGUGCUGUGUCCAAUUAAGAAAAUUGAAGCAUGCAUAAGGCACAUUUCAUGUUCUUUGGUUAACAUGGCAGAAUGAAGUACUGUAACUGUUUACUGUUUAAUCUCUCUUAAAUUUCUUAAUAUGCCCUAUAUAAUUCAGUGAGCAAGAAAAAGUAACAUGGUCAUCUAAGAAAUUUUAAUUGGCUACAUUUUUAAAUAGUUUGCAAAUAUGCCAUACUUAUAGCUUACUUAUCAUUGGUGUUCUUGCUUUAGUGUCUAUGCCAAUAUAUAGAUCUAAGAAUUCAAAGCAG